AUGCCUCCCAAGCCCGCAGCCAAGAAAGAACAGCCAAAGGAUAGCGUGGGCACAAGGAAGGGGUACGAACGCUACGUGUGGGAAUUAAAAGACAACAAUAAAGAAUUCUGGAUGCUGGGGCAUGCCCCGGUCAAGAUCGUUAGUCUGAUCUGCCUGCUGCUUGAUAUGUACCUGUUCUCCCUCUUUCCGGUGCACCCCAUCUUGACGCUCAUCCUCACCAUGGAGUUGUCCAUCCUCCUCUUCUUCAUUGUCAUCCACACCCUCGCCAUUAACAGAUAUCUGGUCUUCAUCCUGUGGCCCAUUACUGACAUCCUCAAUGACCUCCUCUGCGGCGGCUUCCUCUUGGGCGGCCUAAUCUUCGCUGUCCACAUUCGACGCUCCAUGCCCAUGAGUUAUUUUGUCGCUGUGGUCCUUAUGGGUGUGACUGCAACGCUUUCUUUUGUUGAUGUGUGUUUUCAAAGAAAAGACUUACAAAUCCAGCAGGCCAAAAGGCUUGCUCCCCCAGAAAAACCAGCUGGAAGAAGACCAAGGGUAAAGAAAUGA